AUGAGUACUCGUGAGGUUAUAGAGGCGGCAUCUCUUGCCAGAGUCAAGCAUAUUUUACUUAUUUUGUCGGGAAAAGGUGGUGUUGGUAAGAGUUCGGUAACUACGCAAGUUGGGCUAACUCUAGCAAGCAUGGGGUUUAAAGUCGGUAUUUUAGACAUAGAUCUUACGGGUCCAUCACUUCCUCGUAUGUUUGGUAUGGAGGGGAAAUCGGUUUAUCAGACGGAAAAAGGGUGGAUGCCUGUUGCAGUGCCGGGGUCAUCGGAAAAAGGCAGCUUACAAUUAAUGUCUUUGGGGUUUUUACUGAACGAUAGAGGUGAUAGUGUUGUGUGGAGAGGGCCUAAGAAAACUGCUAUGAUUAACCAGUUUAUUUCGGAUGUUUGUUGGGGUGAAUUAGAUUAUCUUUUGAUUGAUACGCCGCCUGGGACGUCAGAUGAGCACAUUUCUAUUGCAGAGCAGCUAAGAUAUGAGAGGCCAGACGGAGUUAUAGUGGUAUCUACUCCACAGAAUGUGGCCGUUGCCGAUGUCAAGAAAGAAAUUAAUUUUUGCAUAAAGGUAGGGUUUAAGAUUUUGGGAAUUAUUGAAAACAUGUCUGGCUUUGUAUGUCCACACUGUGCCGAAUGCACGAACAUAUUCUCAAGCGGUGGUGCUAAGAAGUUGGCGGAUCUUCUUGAGGUGCCCUAUUUGGGCAAUGUGCCCAUAGAUCCUACAUUUGUGGAGCUAAUAGAAAAUCAAACUACUUUAGGAGAGACACUUGUUGAGUUGUACGAGAAAUCGGCACUAUACCCAAUAUUUAAUAAUAUAAUAGGGAAGAUUAUUGAGCACGGCAUACCACCUAGGUGUUAA